AUGUCCUCACCACCUAAAAAACAGCUCAUCAUCAAUGCCUUUGCCAUGCAAUCGCCCAGCCACCUGAAUCCCGGCCUAUUCCGGCAUCCUGGUGACCAGGGCGCCGCCUACAAGGAUCUCAAGCAUUGGGUCGCCCUGGCGCAAAAGCUCGAAGCUGCCAAGUUUCAUGCGAUCUUCUUCGCCGACGUGCUCGGCGGCUACGACGUUUACAAAGGCCCGGCAAACCUAGAUCCAACUAUCCCGGCCGCCGCUCAGUUCCCCAUCAAUGACCCGCUGUACAGUGUCCCGGCCAUGGCCGCCGCCACGGAGAGCAUCGGCUUCGGCGUCACCGCGUCGACCACCUACGAUGCGCCGUAUGCACUGGCCCGCCGCUUCUCUACCGUUGACCACCUCACACGCGGCCGCAUCGGCUGGAACAUCGUCACCUCGUACCUGGACUCAGCGGCGCGCAACUUCGGCCUCGACACGCAGGUCGAGCACGACGAGCGCUACCGCAUCGCUGACGAAUACCUUGACGUUACGUACAAGCUGUGGGAGGCGUCGUGGCGUGACGACGCAGUGACCUGGGCGCCCGGCGCGUCCUCUACAGCCGCCUACGCAGACCCUCACGCCGUGCGCCAGAUCCACCACCGUGGUAAGUACUUCAACGUGCCGGGCCCGCAUCUGUGCGAGCCCAGUGCGCAGCGCACGCCGUUCCUGCUGCAGGCCGGCACGUCGACGGCUGGCAAGGCGUUCGCCGCGAAGCAUGCCGAGGCAGUGUUCCUGCACGCGCAGGCGCCGGAGCUGGUGCGUCCGUCUGUCGACAGUAUCCGCGCGCAGGCGGCGGCACUGGGACGUGACCCGCAGGCUAUCAAGGUGGUGGCGGGGGCGCUGGUGAUUGUAGGGGAGACUGAUGAAGCGGCGUUGGCAAAGUUCGAGGCGCUGAAGGGGUACGGCGAUAUGGAAGGUGCGCUGGCGCUGUUUGGGGGGUGGACCGGAUAUGAUCUGUCGACGUAUGCGGAUGACCAGGACUUUCGAUUCGUGGAGCUUCCGGCGGUGCGGAGUAUGGUGAACCACUGGGCGAGCACGGUGCCUGGGACCGAGGGGAAGAAGUGGGACAAGCGCACGAUUGCGGAGUAUCUGGUUCUUGGGGGCAAUGGGGUCAAAAUUAUCGGAAGUGUGCAGACUGUUGCGGAUGAGCUGGAGCGUUGGGUCGAGGUUGGGGAUGUAGACGGGUUCAAUCUCAGCUAUGCCAGUCUGCCGGAGACGUUCGACGAUAUCAUCGAGCUGUUGCUACCAGAGCUACGACGACGAGGCCUGUUCUGGGACGACUAUGCUGUGAAGGGAGGCACGUUCCGCGAGAACAUGUAUGGCCGGCCGGGCCAGUCUCGACUGCCCGAUGCUCAUCCUGGAGCGAAGUAUUUCUGGCGAGCGGGCGAGGAAGCCCCGGCGUACUCGCUGGCCGAGUCACAGUAA